AUGACAGAUAUUGAGGCAGCUUUGCAAAAUGCAUUUUUAACUGUUUACCCUGAAACUGUUGCACAUGGUUGCUGGUUUCACUAUGUCCAGGCAUUAAUAAAAAAUGUUAAAAGACUGGGUCUAGCACAAUACGUGAAGGAUAACGUACAAGCCCAGAUCUGUUUAAAAAUGUGCGCUGCUUUAGCAUUAUUGCUGGUGAACAAAAUUGACGAAGGUUUUCAAUUAAUACGUCGCCAUGCCAUAGAUAAUAAUGUUAGAUUUGCUAUAUUUUUUAACUAUUAUUCAAACUAUUGGGUACCUGAAGUUUUUUCUGUUUAUGGUUUACCUAGAAGAACCAACAACAAUGUUGAAUGCUUUCAUUCCCAAUUGAAGGAAAAAUUCCAAAUCCUUCAUCCUAAUUUAUGGACGUUUUUAGAACACUUGAAAAAUUUGAGCAGCAAGUACCAUGUGACUGUAAGACAACUAGCACUAGGACAGAGAAUAUCUCGUGCUGUUAAAAUUAAAUAUUUACUAAACUCUGGAAGAAUUUUAAAAUCUACUCAACAAUUGGACCUUGGGCAUAUUACAUUAAAAGAAUUUUUACUACAAUGCUCACACAGUGCAGAACGUUAUAUCCGUGAAGAAAUGAACUGGCACAUAAAUGUAGAACAAGGUGUAAUAGAAGAGAAUGAAGAUGCUAGAGCUGUAAGAGUAGAAGAUCAUCAACCAGAGCUUCCUGUAAUCAUAGUACUUCCUGAAAACCCUGAGCCAGAAGAAGUGCAUGAAUGGGAUGAAAGGGAUUUUUUUAUUCCCGAAGAUUUGGAGUUAGUUAGAUGGCAGGAAGAAUACGGAAAUGAUGAAUAUCCAGAUAAUAUUCCUUAUGUCCAAAUUGAUCAAACUCUUCAAGUGAAUCUUCAUAAUGAAGAAACAAUUUGUGUUGUGUGCAGGGAUGGUGCUAGGUCUCAUGCAUCUGUACCUUGUGGACACAGAGUAUUGUGCGCAGAUUGCGCAGACCAACUACGUACUAAUCGAUGUCCAAUUUGUAAUAGAGAGUCCACCGGUGUCAUUCGCGUUUGGCAAUAG